GAUCACGUGAUUUGUCAUCUGACGAAGACGAGCAAAGCAGGAAAAGUAGCUUCAAAACUAAGCCGUAAGAAAAUAGUACCUCAAAAAUCUACCAUGUAUUGUUUAUGUAAGGGAACAUUUCGUUUAGUACGGCUGUGGAUAGUCUAUGUGUCUGUUUUAAUUAAUCAUGGAUUCGCCGGUAAAAUGAAGAUAGUCGAAGAGCCCAACACAUUUGGGUUAAACAAUCCUUUUUUGUCUCAGGGAAGCAGACUUCAGCCUAAAGUCUCACCAUCACCAGUAUCUGGCCCAGAGCAUCUUCAUCGGCUUGCUGGAAAGUGCUUCAGUCUCACAGAAUCAACGUAUAAAUAUGAAUUCUGUCCAUUUCACAACAUCACUCAACAUGAACAGUCAUUUAGGUGGAAUGCCUACAGUGGGAUACUGGGGAUCUGGCAGGAGUGGGAAAUGGCAAACAACACUUUCACAGGCAUGUGGAUGAGAGACGGAGAUACUUGUGGAACCAGAAACAGAGAAACAAAGGUGAUUCUGGUCUGCAGCGCAAGCAGCAAGCUCUCUCAAGUCUCAGAGCCCAGUACCUGUGUGUACUCACUCACCUUUGAGACUCCACUUGUUUGCCACCCACACUCCCUGUUAGUGUAUCCGACCCUGAGCGAGAACCUACAAAGGGAAUGGGAUGAAGCAGAGCAGGCUCGCUAUGAGGGUCUUAUUACUGAGCAGGGAUACAACAAUCUCUUGAGGGAUAUUUUUGAGGAUGCUGGGCUCCUGAAAAGCCAUAAAGUGAAAGUCACUCCACCAGAGACUUCAGCAGAUUCAGAAAGACACAACUCUUUACAGAAAUGUACCGAGGACUAUCAAAAACAGAGGAAGGAAAUCGAGAGACUGCGUGCUCUCCUUACUCAACACAAUAUUCCUUUUGAUUCAAAGCCAAGGUCCAUCUCCUCCUGCGACGCCUUCCUCAACGUCUUUCAGACCAAAGGGCUGAGAGGCGAGGUCAUCUGUUCCUGUGCCAGCUCCCCCGAGGCCCUGACGGUGGCCAUCAGGAGGCCGGUGGAGGACAGCAGUCAGCCUCCGGGUCGAGGCGUCUUGUCCAUGCAGGAUCUGAGCUAUGGAGUCGUCAGGGUCGGCACCGAGGAGCGUCUGUCGGUGUUGACAGUUCAGGACGUGGGAACCGUCACACCAGGAGUAGUUGGAGGUCAAGAAAACAGCUGGAUAACUUCUUUGGCUCUGUGCGCCCUCUGCUGGACAGCUACAUCAUCUGGGGCUUGUCCCGACUCCUCCACCAGGGAUAAGGCCUUCUGCACUGUCGUGUCCUUUGCACCUCCACGAAGUCCCUCCAGAAUCUUCUUCAUCUUCCUCUCCAAAACCCGUUUCUCUUCCGGACUCAAGUCCUCCUCUCCCUCAUGUGUUUCCUUAGGCUGACCAGGUGGAUCUGAAAUCUGUCACAGCAAAACAAAAUAAAGCCACACGGGAGUUACAUACGUGAACAAAAAUUGCUCUGUAGACAUCCUGAAGCAACUCAAACUGACUGUGGCACAAGCCUUAACCUUAAUAUUUAACCUAGUCAGGUAAAUUGGUAUUAUAUACAAUACAGUAGGGUCAUAACUAUAAAAUGCAGUCAAGUAAGCUUGUAUAGUAAAUGAUAUUCUAGGUUCAGAAUCUUAAUAUUUUAAUGAGUUACUUAAAUUUGUAAUGUUAAUCUUAUCUCUUUAUUGAAAAUAAACCAUCAUCUGAGUGUGCAAUGUAGAAGACAGUGACUUGACUUCAUUUUGCAAGUUAACACCAUUUUUUUUGUAUUUUUCUGAUGUUUUUGAUGUGUGAUUUCUACUAAACACAAAACAAACGUGGCAUUUUGUUGUGCCACUGCACUGCAGGUUUGAAACAUCCUGCUGCUCUGCGGCUCAGAAGGAUAGUUCCUGUAUUUACAGUUUUAUGAGGUCACCAUCACACGCAUUUAUUCUGAACUGCAAACAAAGCACUCACUCUUACCCACAGCAUGAGCAUGCACCGAUUAAAAAUAACCGCCUGUUGAAGUGAGCUUUUAUAAUAAGUCAUUGUUCACUUGCUUUUUGGGUGCAAUUUGGGUGAAAUUUGUCAUUUAUCAGCACAAUAAUUGAUGCUUUGUAAAGAACUCAUUAAAACGUGCCUCGAGGAGAACUGCUGAAAAAAAAAUUAAAGCUGUUUCCUUGAUGGAAACUGUAACCACAGCUCAACUUAAAGACCGUCUUCACUCUCAGGCAGUCAGGGGAAGUUAAACAAGGGACACAGUAUGCUCUCUGAUUUAAUGGACCUCAGUCACGGUGAUGAAAAAAAAAAAAAGAGAGCGAGGGGAGGAAAAGAUUUUGAUCACAUGGCCACGAAGUCAUUCUGAAAGUAUGCUGCUAGGGUAUUGCCCACAGAAAUAUAAAAAUCGUUCAGAGUGAGCAGCUGUGUCCAUGCGACGAGCAUCAUUUUCAGAGCUUUGAGUCAAUCGGCAGCGUCGGGCUGGUGGAUAUAAAACAGACGAGAGGGUGACGAAAGCAAAAAUGGUAAGUGGAAACAUGUGUGAGCAGGCAAUUCCUCAAAGGGGAACAGACAAAGGCUUGCCACCAGAGACGUGGUCAUAGAAAAGAUUUUAGAAAGAACAAAUUUUAUCAGCUCUUUGUAUAUUUUUAGAGACCUAAAACAAUGACCUCUAGUUCAGCUGAAAUUUUAGCUCAACUUUUGAGUUAUUUUGGGAACCAACUGCAUGUUGUAAUGGUAUGUUCCUGUGGAAAGUCCAUAUAGUUAUUCAUAGGCUGAGCAACAGUAAACACUGAUUAAAAUGUCUUCCAAACAGCUGAUAAAUGACAAACAAGGUCAGUUUGAACGGCAUCUUUCUGGUUUGUUUUGUGCAGUAAUGGAACAGCUCAUUUACUGAGCCAACAUAAUCUGAAUGUAGCUGACUAGUUUGUUUUCAUCCUCCAAAUAAGAGGAAAUGCUUGACGAGAAGUUGGUGUUUUUUGCGUUUCAUUUCCAGUCGAAUCACACCACGGACGUGUCCCCCACCCAAGGGAGCACCAUGCCUUCUUUUUCCGUCACCUCUACCAUCAUCAAGGGCAACUCCACCUCAGUAAACUCCUCAUCCUCUGUGCUAGACGAG